AUGCGGUUUUUAGUGUGGGUCUUCUUUGUGGGCCUGGUAACCUUCGUUUCCGGUACCCAUGCUAUCUCUAAGCUCGCCAACUCGAAUGAGCCCCAAUCUACACAGUUAACGAUGAAGGACAUUGACACAUUGACCCGUCUACUCUUCGUCGAGGACGGUGAUGCCGCCAAGCGAUUCCUGCGAAGCAACGCAAAUCAAGAUUUGACGACAGCUAACGACGAUUCGGAUGUCAAGGAGGAGGAGAGAGGACUUCUCCCGUCGAAGGUUACAAACUUGAUCUCGAAGGCGAAGAACGGCUGGGCUAAGUGGAAGGCGAACGCGUUGGAGAAGGCUUUUCAGCAUAUGAUGAAGCAGGGAGAAACCCCCACGUCAUUAGCAAAGCGUUUGGAGAUUGGAGGAGCUGCCGAACUCAGAUACGAGAAGGUCUACGAGAAAUAUACGGCCUGGUGGAUCAACUAUCACACCGUUGCCGGAACUUAA